AUGCUCCCUGCCAGCAUUUGGCAUCCGCCGCCCGUGCGGAGCGGUCCCCCAUCUCCAACCACGGGGGAGAAGCCGGGGCUCUGCGGCCAGAGCCUCUCUGCCCGCGCUGACAGCACACACCCCCCGGCAGAGAGGACGGGUCUAAGGCAGAACAGAGGGAUGAGGACUCGCCUGGGCUGCCUGUCUCACAAAUCAGACUCAUAUAAUGAUUUCACAGCUAUUCUUCCGGACAAGCCCAACCGGGCUUUGAAAAGACUGUCAACAGAAGAAGCAACAAGAUGGGCAGACUCUUUUGACAUCCUUUUAUCCCAUAAAUAUGGGCUGGCCGCUUUCCGUGCUUUCCUGAAGACGGAGUUCAGCGAGGAAAACCUGGAGUUCUGGCUCGCCUGCGAGGAUUUCAAGAAGACCCGCUCGGCAGCCAAGCUGGCCUCCAAGGCUCAGCGCAUCUUUGAGGAGUUCAUCGACGUGCAGGCUCCUCGAGAGGUGAACAUAGACUUCCAGACGCGGGAGCUGACAAGAAGAAACAUGCAGGAGCCCUCCCUCACUUGCUUUGACCAAGCUCAGGGGAAGGUGCACAGCCUGAUGGAGAAAGACUCUUACCCCAGGUUCCUGAGAUCCAAAAUUUACACAGACCUGCUGUCUCAAACCCAGAGGAGGCUCAGCUAGAGCAGUGAUGGGGCCUCAGAAACCACGUGCUUCCCACAACAGCCAAAACCCAUGUCUAAAUGUGAAACUUCCUCGGUGUUAAAGGCAGUGGGAAUGAGAAAAGAGGGAGAAAGGGAAGAGGAGGCUUCCAGAGCAUAAUCCAGAUGUGUGGCAUUAGGACUCUCUGAGUUUCUGUGCUUUUUUCGGUUAGCGGUAGCAUCUUGCAGUUGUUGCCUCUCUCUAGCACAAAUCCAUAAUCCUCUCUAGUCACGGGGUCAUCUGUUGGGAAGGCAGGUUUCCUUUAAAAUUACUCCGUUGGUUUGUGUGUAAAUAAUGCUGCUGCACCUUUCCAUCCCUCCAAGUCCUCUCCUUGGCUCUCAUCUCUCCCCUCCGCUUGGAGGGGCCCUAAGGGCAGUUCUGAAACUUGUGAAGCCGAGACUAGUCCAAAGCAUCGUCUCCCACCUGGCCGCUGGGGUCUGGAUCCAGGGACCGUGGGGAGGGAGAGAGGGGAGGAGAGAGAAGGCAAAGGCACAUGAUUCAUGCCGCUUCCCAGAGCAGAAGCCAUCAGUGAACUCGGCUCACCUUUCCAUUUCGGUGGCGCACCUUAUGACACCAGCUGCUACCCUGUCACAGCCCCUCCCCACCUCUGACGUGCUUAUCUUCCAGGGAUGGGGAAUAAGUGCUAUUUUCCGUAUGACUGUCGAGCAGCUGAGUUUUUCUCGUGAGGAAGGUAAUGCCAAAAGCUCUCGCUAGACCUGGUCAGGCAAGUCUUCUAGUGCGAAUGAGUGUUUUCCAUUAAUAUUAUUUAUUUGUACUGUAGUUCAGCCUCAUGACUCCGGUCGCCGUUCAGGCUUCAUUGUGCUAGGGCACUGUACCAAAACCUAACACAAAGAGGCUCCUGGAGGCCAGAGACAUUAACAGGCUUGGUGGCUUCUUGGGAACGACCCACCAGCUGUGGGGAAAGAGUCGCGAGAAGGAAUGUCCCAUCUGCCCCACGCUGAGAUGUAAGACGAGCACAAGACCUGUCUGCUACUGCAGAUAGCGUUUUUCAUGUAGUACCUGACCAGCGCGUGGCAGGGAGAGGUAACAUGAAAAAUCACAAUUUUAUUUUUGUUGUUUACUGAUUAUUGACUGUUGUUGUUACCUACCGAUUGUCCACUGUGGGUUCAAUGCCGUGUAAAGAACUCCUGAAGACACAAGCCCUGCUGCACGGUGCUUGCUUAAAAGCAGGACGCAGGGAAGCAUGCAGUGGAGCAGGGCGAGCGUCCAGGGGUGAAGUGGUGCGUGAAGGGGUACUUGGCCUUAUUCCCGUAGCCCAGAUAGCCAGCUGCAGGAGAAGACUCCGUGCAGAUGUCAGUUGUGUAGCACCUCCUCUGCGCUGUGCAGUAACGCCCACCAUCUGAAGGCCCCAUUCCAGCUUGUCGGCCGUCAAGAUUCUUGCAAUAUUUUCUAGUGCAGAAGCAGACAGCCUGUCUGUGGAUUUGAGCCUACAGACCAGAGGUCUAUUUUCUUAGUUUUAUGAAGGCCUAGAAAGUGACCUUGUGGAUCUUUUCCUUCUCUCUGUCGCCCACAGAUCAGAGACUGUAAACUUCUGCUCUAGUUGAGGGCGGUGGGUAGGUUUGCUACAUCAGAAAACUGGCGAUAAAGGUUUAGUGUAAUGGUGGUGUGAACUAGGCAGGCUGAAUUCUAAGCAUAAAGUGUUGGGAACGAGAUACGAAAAGCUUGCUUGGAUAUUAAAAGUUACUCUCCGUGCAUUAGGUAGGAAGCAGGUUUUGAGGCUUUUUGUAAGGAUGCUGUGCAUGAGGACAAAUAGGUUUAGGAUCAAGAUAGGGAUGGUGAGCAUGCAUGUUUUAUUUUGGAGGUGGAUUCCUCAGUAGGGAGACCUGCUUUUCAGUACCUGGUUGGUCGGCUCUAGAAUUCUCCAGUUGUUUCGUAGGAAAAGAUUGGUGAAAAGUGAGCACUGGAAAGUGCCCCAGAUUCAUCCAGGGGGUCUACAUUGUGCAUGGCUCAACUGACCGUGAGCGUAGCUGUUCGUGGGCCCAUAGCUUUACGGCAAACAAGGUACCUGGCAAAGAAGGUCUAACGGGACGGGUGUCUGGGCAAACUUGUGCAAUGCUCUGGAAGGAGUCAAAGACAGAAGGAGUGGAGUCAUGCAUCCAGUGCCUGUCCCUGGUGGUAUCUGGGCUAUAGGAAGUGGAACAGAGUCACGUUACCUAUACAGCUCCUUCCUGCUAUAGGUAAAAGGGAAGGAGGAGGGCAAAUCACCCCACAUUGCAGCGAAACACUCUCAAUGCUUGACCUGCAAGGGAGGACGCACAGCCACCGACUGUGAGGAGGGGCUGGAAGAACUCUUCUUUCCAAGAAACACUACGUCUACUGCACCUGCGUAACACAGGAUGGGCUGGGAUCUCUCAGGGACACAGGUUGCUUUGGCUGAAGUAUCUCCCCUUGAGAUGGCCUGCGGUGCCGAUUGUACCCAGUGUCACUGCGACUGCAAAAUGGCACAGCGAGCGGUGAUCCAACAGCUGCAACGCGGCAGCUCAGCUUCCCAAGGCUGUGGCAUCGAACAAGCUGUGGUACAAGGGAUGAAGGGAGGCCACCUCGCCUGGCCCUGCCUUCCUCCGUUUCAGCCUCCUCUUGACUGUACAUUGCAAAAAGCGUCCCUGGAUGUGAGCGACACCACCAGCCGGCUUAUGCGGUCAUCGCUUUUAAAGAGAAGGCAGAAGGCCGUGUUAAAUGCCUUGUGGUAUUUCUCUUAAAGCCACCAAUACACCUUCUGAGUGGGCUUGGAUGAUGCUGACCUCUAGUGCCAGCCGAUGCACCCCAGACUAGACUUUUCAGCGAAGUGCCCUGCAGGCACCCAUGGUGGUGAGGGUCCCAGAGACAACCAGGCCAUGAGGAAACAGCAGAACAAGAUGGUUUUGUUGAGGAAUGAGGAACAGAAACUCAGAAGUGAGGACAAUCCCCAGGCUUCCCUGAUGGCUACAAGGGCCGGUCCUACUCGGAGUGUGACUCCAGAAUGCCCAGGAGGUACCGUUUCUCAGCAAGAUCCUCCAGCAUCAGUGCUGGCAUCCUUUCAGUUUGUGUCAGAAUUCAUCAAAAAACUUCAUAGUCAACACCGUGUGAAAACCAAGCUCCCCUCUCUCCUCCACUGACCCGGGGAAUUGCUUUGCGGGGGGCAUGCUCGGAGAUGGCAUUGCUGCGGUUGUGACAGGAACUGUAUUCACGCCGGCUGAUGUAGGAGAAGUGUUUUGCCCAUUAAACUGGUGCAGGAGAACAUCCUCCACGGGAAACAUCCUAGAGCCUAGAGUGGAGCAAAAGUAUUGUCUGAGGCAUAUGAGUCUGUCACGGUUAUUUUUGUUGCUGCUCUUACAGUUUGUCUCUCUUGAAGGAAAGCAGACUAGUUAUUUUAAGUAAUUUCUUUUUUUUUUUUAAAAAAACAAGAAAUUGGCACCAGCUGCUUCUUUUAUGCCAAAUGUCAGUCUGAAGUGAAUUAAAACAGGCAGCUUAUAGCUCUUCCCCUUAAACCAGGGGCUGAUGAAGGAAAUAAUGACUGAGCCAAAGCUUCGGAAAGCACCGAGUGAUGACUAAUCCCCAUCAAGGACAAAUAUCCUAUCUUUGAUUCAUCUCUUACUGAUGUGAAAGGGAUAUUCAUAACUUACAAACCCUAUUUCCCCCCCGCUGACUUCCACAAGCACACACCUCCAAAAUUUUGCUCCUGUAUCAAGUAAUGUCAGAGUGUGCCAUCGCAUGGAGAGAGGAGAAAAAAAUCAGUUUGCUCAGCUCUUUUUAUUCUGUGUGUUUGCUGGCACGUCCCCAGUCGGCUCCCAACUCCUUUGACAGCAAAAGGGAAGAAGAGUUUACAGAUUGCCUUUUCUAUAAGCUUCAGAUGUCGUUCACUCCAGAAGCAGUUGCAGAACCCAAAUCUGCUUUGAGUUUCUUUCUCCUGCUUUGGCCCGUCAGCCGGGUUUGGGAUGAUUUCCAUCACUUUUGCUGGACUCGUUAAUGUACCGAUGGGUCCCUGCCCUCCACGCGUGAAGGGCACAGUCCUGCUCGUCUAAGCAGGGGAGGGAAAUAGGGGUGCGCGUCUGCGGGCGCGGGCGGGUGAGAGCGCAUGUGAAUUCAUGUCUAUGUUACUUAGUGUCUCCUGCUAGAGAAGCUUUUCUGAGACAUAGAUGUGCAUGUUAAAAUAGGAGACUUAGGCACAAAAUGACAUAAAACGAGAUGUUAGCCAGUGUUGUGUUUGCCUCGUGUGUAAGUUUGACUAGUAAUAAGAGACCUAGAACUCUGCUAGGCUUCCAGUUACCCGUAAGAGCACAUGUAUCAAACUGAACUGAAUGUUCAUCGAUAGACACAAAACCAAAAUGUUUACAGCAUUCAGAGCAAUAGCAAGGCAUACCUCAUGCCAGUCCUGGAGUGCCUCUCACCCGUCCAUGCAAACUCUCCCCUCCCCGGGGGCCUCUUGCUUCUCCCUCCAAACCCCUUUCUCUUUCUCUGCCCUGUCCUCGUGGACUUCCUGCCUCCUCCUCUUUAUGGUUACUUCCCUGGAGCACUCCUGUCCAUGCCAACCAGCACUGCUCGUCCCCAUAAAUCUGAGCCUGGGUCUCACAUAACCUCCUCCUGUGCCCUCCCCUUUGCAUACCCUCCAUCCCCGUCUAUCCCUCCUCUAGUCUUUGCCUUCCACUUCCCCAGACGCUUGUCUCUGGUCUUGCCAUCUCUCUCCUACACACCUCCUCCUGUCGCUAUAAAGCUAUUCCUUGCCCGUUAUAUAAGAAGAAAACGCUUCACAUAAUUUCUGCAUUAUCUUUCAUUCCUGGGGCUGCCGCAGUUGUCGUCUUCCUUGGUAUUGUGUUUUCUCUGGCGUUGAAGCAUUAUACCACAGAACUGGAAUUAAAGUACAUUUUGCUGCUAGACUGGAAUGCUUUUCUCUACCACGUACCCCUUGGGCAUUGUGGAGGCUUGGCUCGUCCCGGUGUUGUGUCUCCUUCCUCCAUCCGUGCUCCACGUGCUGCGCUUGUGGCAGGGGCUGGCGAAGCGAGAGAGCAGCCGUGCCGUGGGGAGGCAGCUGGGCUUCCUCUCGGCGUUCUGACAUAUCAAAAAAAGAGUGUAAAUAAAGGUGCGGGGGGUGUGUGCGCGUGUGUCGUAUUUGCUUAGUAAAGUCAGUCGUUCUGCUCAGUGCCUCCUCCCAGUUUUACUGGAGGGUGGUAUCUCUAAUUGGAGAACGCAGUAAACUCAACAGGAGUUCAGGGAACCGAGGGCACGGGAGGGAGGUGGCAAAGGGGGAUGAGCUUAUUACGGAAAAAAACAAAGUAUUUCUGGUGAAAAGGCAGUGCCUGCUUCUGGAGGGACCCGGCGUAGCAGGGAGGUAUGGGGGCCAGCCGCGGUGUGAAUUGCUUGUCUGCAGUAGCCCCCACGGCUCCCACUUUGCACCAUGUGCUGCGUGCCCCAGGCUGGACCUAAAAUGUGGUGGAUGAGGAGCUGCUCGGCUUUGCAUUUACGGCGCAGAUAACGCUGUUAUCCUACGAGAAACGUCUUCACGUCGCUCUAUCGGUGCCCGCAGCCACCAGCUAAAAAGCAAGGAGGGGAAGGAGGCAUCUUGUGUUUGCUUAUGCAGUCCUCCGCGGGAUUACUGGUAAUGAAGAGAGCAGGGUAAAAGCACUGCCUGGGGUAGAUCCCCCUUCCUUAAAAACCACGAUUGAAGCAUCUCAUCCUCCUAUAACGUCUCUCCCCAACUCCUCUACAAGCAAACCAAAUCAGACGUGCGGAAUUCAGAUUUUUCUUAAAACUUUCAUCUUUGGCGGGAUGGCAGCGUCCCACUGGCAGGAGGGGGCCUUGAGGAUCUGACCCCAACAACCAGUCCCAAACAAGGUGCAGCGUAAGAUGUCUUUGGUCCUUGGGAAACACGAUUGCAGGGGCUCAGAAGAGAUUUAGGAGGAUGUCACUGUACCGAGUGAGUUCAGAAGCCAGUCACCAGGUACCUGGGGCAGAAAGAUCAGCUCUUCUAAGACAUCCCCUAUGCCGCAUUUUUAUUUUAAUUAGGUCCUGAUGCUGUAACUGCCCCGGCAGCGCCUGAGUGCUGCUGGUGUUGGUAGAUAAGAGCAGGAGCUCUUUGGGCAGGACACGUGGGCUGUUCGGUCUGAUUCCUUCCCGUCCAGGGGAAGGCAUGGGCUCGGGUUCAGUUUGACCUUCCCUCUGCAUUAGCUGCUCGUUUGCUAGCCUCACCUUCCCCUAACGGGGCUGGAGAAGCUCCUCAGCCAUACCAGAUGUCCGACCGGGGAUGACAUCCCCCCUGAGUCGUGUCACCAUAUUUGUCAAGUGUUACUCACCUGUACUGUAUAGAGACCGUGAGGAUGUAAUAAACAGCCUGAGAGAACUC